AUGACGAUUUUCAUUCUCGUCCAAAAUGCGGGGUGUUACAGUUCCAAUAUACCAUCAAGCAUAGGGAACCUUAAAGAUUUAGUAGUUCUUGACUUAUUGUCAGACAACAUGGUAGGUUCUUUACCUCCAGAAAUUGGAAAUCUAAAGGUUGCGACAUUGAUAGAUCUGUCGAUGAAUCAAUUCUCAAAUGGCAUUCCAAGAGAAAUUGGAGGAUUGCGAACUCUGGUGCACCUUUCUUUGAGACACAACAAGUUGCAAGGAUCUAUACCUGACUCAGUGAACAACAUGGUAGGUUUGGAAUUCAUAGACCUUUCUUAUAAUAACAUAUCUAGAAUCAUUCCUAUGUCUUUGAAAAAACUUCAAAACCUGAAGUAUUUCAAUGUUUCUAUUAAUAAAUUGUAUGGUGAAAUACCCUCUGGGGAUCCUUUCGAGAACUUCUCGAGUAAGUUUUUUAUCUACAAUGAAGCAUUGUGUGGUUCUUCAAGAUUUAGUGUCCCACCAUUCCCAAUUUCAUCAAAGCACAAAUCAGAAGUGAAAUUUCCAUUGCUGUGA